AUGCUUGAUUGCACUAAACGCCUGUCAUCCUCACCGGACCUCUUCUCCAAAGAAUGCUACGAUCUAAGGAAAAUGUUUCUGAAAUUAAAAUAUCCUGUAAAACUUAUUGAUUCCAUUUUUAUGAGAUUUCACGCCUCCCAAGAUCUGAACCAAAGCUGUAUUGAGCCAAUUGACAGCCCUGUAUUAAUAAACUUGCCUUUCAAAGAUCAGAAAUCUGCCGACUCCAUUCGCAAGCAACUAAAAGACCUCGGAAAGAAAAUCGAUCAUGUAAUACAACCAGUUUUCACAAGUAAGAAAAUCUCUGAAGAUUUAAAAGUUACAGAAACAAAGUCCUCACUUGUAAACCAACAAUGCAUUGUGUAUGAAUUUCAAUUUAAUUCGUGUGAUUCGAAUUAUAUAGGCUACACAAGCCGUCACCUCCACCUUCGCAUUGAGGUGCAUAAGUAUUCCGUCAUCAGUAAACACCUACAGGAUAAACACAAUCAAAGACCUACCAAUCUUCAUGAGCAGUUUACCAUCUUAAAGAAAUGCCACGGAAAAUUUGAGUGCCUUAUUUACGAGAUGCUUUUGAUAAGGAAAAAGAGACCGACUCUGAACACUCAAAAUGACUCCAUUCCAGCGAAACUGUUUAUUUAA